UCAAAAUGCUGUUUUUUCCUUUGGCAUUACAGGUGCCAGUGAAAGCGUGGGAAAGCACAUGCUUGAGGCAUGCAACAAUAAUCUGGAGAUGGCUGUCACCAUGUUUCUGGAUGGCGGAGGCAUAGCAGAAGAGCCUAGCACCAGUUCUGCAGGGGUGUCUGCUGUUCGACCGCACACUGAGGACGAAGUACGAGCUCCGAUUCCCCAGAAACGAGAAAUUUUAGUGGAGCCUGAGCCCUUUUUCGGAGCUCCUAAAAGACGCAGACCUGCGCGCUCAAUAUUUGAUGGUUUUCGGGAUUUUCAAACAGAAACCAUUCGACAGGAGCAGGAGCUACGAAACGGAGGGGCAGUAGAUAAGAAACUCACUACUCUAGCAGAUCUCUUCAGGCCUCCCAUUGAUCUGAUGCACAAAGGCAGCUUUGAAACGGCCAAGGAGUGUGGACAAAUGCAAAAUAAAUGGCUCAUGAUAAACAUCCAGAACGUGCAAGAUUUUGCCUGCCAGUGUCUGAACAGGGAUGUCUGGAGCAACGAGGCAGUUAAGAACGUAAUCCGGGAGCACUUUGUCUUUUGGCAGGUGUACCAUGACAGUGAGGAGGGGCAGAGAUAUAUACAGUUUUAUAAACUGUCUGACUUCCCGUACGUCUCCAUCUUGGACCCCAGGACAGGCCAGAAACUAGUGGAGUGGCACCAGCUAGAUGUGACUUCUUUCUUGGACCAAGUGACUGGGUUCCUGAGUGAACAUGGCCAACUGGAUGGCCAUUCUACUAGCCCUCCCCAAAAAUGCUCUCGUUCGGAGAGUCUCAUUGAUGCCAGCGAGGACAGCCAGUUGGAAGCUGCUAUCAGAGCCUCGCUACAGGAGACGCAUUUUGAUUCCUCACAGGCCAAGCAGGAGAAUCGGUCAGAUGAGGAGUCAGAGUCGGAGCUUUUUUCUGGAAGCGAAGAAUUUAUUUCGGUUUGCGGGUCUGAGGAGGAGGAGGAAUCAGAGAUUCCUGCCAAGAUGAGGAAGUCUCCGCACAAAGACUUGGGGUAUAAAAAAGAGGAGAGUCGGAGGCCUCAGCCUGAGACCCCUGCAAGGACUGAACCUGGGACAACAUCGAAUCACAGAGUACUGCCUUGCAUAGAUGCAGGGGUGCUGGAGGAGUCAGCUGGCAAGCCUGAAAGUACAUUUCAGAGCCUAGAUAUGAAUGGACCAAAGGCACAGCUGAUGCUAAGAUAUCCCGAUGGAAAGAGAGAGCAAGUUUCACUGCCCAAGCAAGCUAAACUUCUGGCUCUUGUGAAACACGUCGAGGCAAAAGGAUACCCCAAUGAACGCUUUGAACUUCUCACCAACUUCCCUCGAAGGAAACUCUCCCACAUGGACUAUGAGAUCACGUUACAGGAGGCAGGCCUGUGUCCUCAAGAAACUGUCUUUGUGCAGGAGAGGAAUUAGCACUGUGGCCUGAGUUCUCCCAUCCUUCCUCCCCUCUCCUCUUUGCCUGGGACACCAACAUUAAAUAUGCAGUUGGGGGUCAUAAGACUGCAGUGCUGAAAUCAAGCAGGCAGCUGGUUGGCCCUUCUUUCUUCCCUUCUCCUGCUCUAGUGACCAAAUGAGAGUGUUCAGAGUUUUAUUUCCUUCCUCAGUUUGAGCCCUGC